CAGUUUUUUGUACUAUUGCAUCAUCAAUAAACGUGCAAGUACCACCGAACCCGGAACAGAUCCUUGACUCUUUGGCAAGCAAUAUCAAGGAAUUCCGGUACGAGAUCGAGAGUGCAUGAGAGGUACGUAAGCUUCAUUUUACCAAAGUUUCCCAAGCAUUUUAGUUUCGCACAGACAGUUGACAAGCUCAAGAGCUUGUUUGGAGCGAAAGAGUCGGUUAUCAGUCGUCGAUACCGAUGUCUGCAAAUCGCGAAGAAUCCUACUGAGGAUCAUGUGGCGUUCGCGUGUAGGGUAAACAAGGCUUGCGUAGAAUUUGAACUGGGAAAGCUCACGGAAGAACAGUUCAAAUGCUUAGUAUACGUGUGUUGUCUAAAAUCGGAGAAUGACGUCGAGAUUCGUACCCGUCUCCUUACAAAAAUUGAGGACAAUGACGACGUUACAUUGGAGCAGCUCUCCGAGGAAUGUCAGCGUCUGUACAACCUCAAACACGACAGUGCGAUGAUAGAGUCUGCGGCACCAUACAACCAAGUGCAAGCGAUACAGAAGUUUGGUGGGAAGCGAUUAGGCGAGCGUGACCGAGAGUCACCACAACUGUCUUCGAGUGCUACCGGAAGGAAGCCAAGUUAUCCUUGUUGGCUUUGCGGUGCAUUACAUUUUGUCCGAGACUGUAGUUACGACAACCAUAAGUGCUCCGAUUGCGGCCAAGUCGGACAUCGUGAAGGAUACUGCGACAGUGCAAAGUCUCGGAAACCUGGAAGUAGACGUAAGAAGCGAGACAUCUCAGCCAAAGUGGUGGUGGUCGACGUAUGUAGCGUGGAUCAGCGACGCAGAUUUGUAUCUGUUGCCCUAUCUGGAACGGAUAUUCGACUGCAACUUGACACUGCAUCGGACAUCACCGUCAUCAGCAGGGAGAGUUGGCAGAAACUCGGUAGUCCUGCGCUUUUACCAGCAACAGUCAAAGCGAAGACAGCAUCUGGUAACAUUUUGUCACUCGAUGGGGAAUUCGAGUGUGACGUCACAAUCGGAGAAAGUACACGACGUGAUCUGAUCCGUGUUACCGAGAAACAACUACAUCUGCUCGGCUCCGAUUUGGUCGAGAGUUUCAACCUUUGGUCCGUGCCCAUGGACACCUUCUGUUGUCACGUGUCAGGCUCUCCUGCGGCACCCGCUGCACUACAGUCGAUUUUCCCAAACGUGUUCACCGAUCAGCUCGGUUUGUGCAGCAAAACUAAAGUGAAGUUGGAACUGAAAAAAAGUGUUCGACCCGUCUUCUGCCCUAAGCGCCCGGUUGCGUACGCGAUGUAUGAUGCCGUUGACCAGGAACUCGAUCGACUGGAAAAUUUGAAUAUCAUCACCCCAGUCGAAUAUUCGGAGUGGGCUGCUCCGAUCGUUGUCGUCCGUAAAGCCAAUGGAUCCAUUCUAAUUUGUGGAGACUAUUCCACGGGGCUUAAUGCUGCGCUCCAACCAAAUCAGUAUCCACUUCCCCUACCGGACGAUAUCUUCACCAAGCUGACUAACUGUAAGGUGUUCAGCCAGUUCGAUUUGUCCGACGCUUUCUUGCAGGUGGAAGUCGACGAACAGUACCGUAAGUUGCUAACCAUCAAUACGCAUCGUGGCCUCUACUCCUACAACCGCCUCCCGCCGGGUGUGAAGAUCGCACCAGGUGCCUUCCAGCAGCUCAUCGAUACAAUGCUAGCCGGCCUGCAGUGCACGUGUGGCUACCUCGAUGACGUCAUCGUCGGCGGAAAAACUGAAGAAGACCACGAUCGCAAUUUGCGGGCUGUUCUAAAACGAAUUCAGGAUUUCGGGUUCACCAUUCGAGUCGAUAAAUGCACCUUCCGCAAGCAGCAAGUGCAGUACGUGGGUCAUAUUGUCGACAGUCGCGGACUACGUCCAGAUCCUGCCAAAAUCGAAGUGAUAUCCAAGCUGCCGCCUCCAACCGAUAUAUCCGGUGUACGAUCAUUUUUGGGGGCUAUCAACUACUACGGCAAGUUUGUUCCCAAUAUGUGCAAGUUACGAUAUCCGCUGGACAACCUUCUCAAGGACGAUGCGAAGUUCCAGUGGACUGAUGAGUGCCAGAGAGCGUUCGAGCACUUCAAACAAAUACUCUCCUCGGAUCUACUUCUCACACAUUAUGGUCCGAAGCGGGAGAUCAUUGUCUCUGCCGACGCUUCUUCCGUUGGGCUCGGGGCAACGAUUAGCCACAAGUUCCCCGACGGCACAAUCAAAGUCGUCCAACAUGCUUCCAGAGCACUCACAAAAGCUGAACAAGGCUACAGCCAACCGGAUCGUGAAGGUUUAGCUAUCGUCUUCGCCGUCACAAAGUUUCACAAAAUGCUCUUCGGACGGCACUUUCGUUUGAAAACCGACCACCAGCCUCUGCUCCGUAUCUUUGGUUCUAAAAAGGGAAUACCGGUCUACACAGCCAACUGCCUCCAACGAUUUGCGCUCAAUCUACUGCUCUACGAUUUUGACAUCGAGUACGUGCCCACCCACAAGUUCGGUGACGCAGACUUACUCUCGAGGUUGAUCAACCAGCACGUCAAACCCGAUGAGGACUAUAUCAUCGCUAGCAUCAACCUGGAAGAGGACCUCAGGUCGGUAGUAUCUCAUACAGUUAAAGUUUUGCCUCUCAAUUUCAGAGCCGUCGCACAAAGCACCCAAGCAGACCCACUGCUCCGAAAAGUCAACCAUCACAUUCAGCACAGUUGGCCGCAAUCUGAACAUUCAGAAUCCGACAUCCAGCGAUUCCAAGCCAGACAGGAAUCACUCUCCGUGGUAGAUGCGUGCAUCAUGUUUGCCGAACGGCUCGUCAUCUCGUCGCUCCAUCGCAAGCGAUGCCUCGAACAGCUCCAUUGUGGCCAUCCUGGUAUGCAGCGUAUGAAGGCCCUCGCUCGAAGCUACGUGUAUUGGCCCAGUUUGGAUGCUGACAUCGUCAACUUCGUCAAGGCAUGCCAACACUGUGCGGCCGUAGCCAGGUCACCUCCUCACUCUUCACCGGUGCCGUGGCCCAAGCAGAUCGCUCCGUGGCAGCGCGUCCACGUGGAUUAUGCUGGUCCAAUCGAAGGCGAAUAUUACCUGAUCGCCGUCGACUCCUUCUCCAAGUGGCCAGAAAUCAUCCAAACGUCCCGUAUAACCUCGGCGGCAACCAUCAGCAUUCUCGGUAGGUUGUUUGCUCGGUUGGGUAUGCCUGUUACACUAGUCAGCGACAACGGAACCCAAUUCACGAGCGCUGAAUUCGCAGAUUUCUGCGCCUCAAACGGCAUCGAACACCUCACAACUGCUCCGUUUCAUCCACAAUCAAAUGGCCAAGCUGAACGAUUUUUUGACACGUUCAAAAGGGCUGUUACAAAAAUUCGAGAGGGGAGAGGAUCGAUACAGCAAGCGAUAGACAUAUUCCUGUUAACGUACCGAAGUACACCCAACCGGGCACUGCCAGACCAAAAGUCGCCGUCCGAGGUCAUGUUUGGUCGCAAAAUACGCACCUGUCUCGAGCUGCUACGUCCCCCAACGGUACGAACUCCAGUGGCACCGUCAGACGACCACACAAAACCGAGGUUCUUCAGCCGGAACGAUUCGGUUUACGCUAAGCUUUAUGGCCGUAACGGUUGGAAGUGGGCUCCUGGAACAAUAAUCGAAAAAAUAGGAGACGUGAUGUAUAACGUAUGGGUCGAUGAUCGCCGAAUGCUGCGUUCCCAUAUCAACCAACUCCGGAGUCGCCUAGCUGUUGACUCGAUACCAAAGCAACCUGUCAAUCAAGCCACCUCUCGUCAGUAUUCGUUACCGCUCGACAUCCUGUUGGGUGCCUGGAAUCUACCAAAUCAAUCUUCUGGCACGCCAGCACCGUCCCUUGUUGCGAGCGGAUCUGAAUUAUCACCUGUCUCCAGUCCCGAGCAUACCUUGCUAGGUUCAGCGCCGGCGCUUGCGUCGUCUACACCACAGCAGGAAGUCUCGGCUUUCCCAUCAACGUCAUCGACAUCAACAACAUCAACAUCAACCGAAUUCGAAUCCGCCAUCGAAGUCGAAUCCGUGGUAAAUCUACCUAGACGUUCUUCACGAACCCGAAGACCGCCGAAUAGGUUUAAUCCGUAUCACCUUUAUUAAGAGGGGAGAUGUUGAGGACAACCCUAUCGCGGUGCAUUAAUUAGUACCCCGUUCAGCGCUAGGCUCUAACUCGGCAGCAUAGCUGUCAAUGUGUGAUGCCCGAUAAGCGCAUCAAUGAAAUGUUUUUGUGGUUGUCAGUUUCAUUUUGUUUACGUCCUGUAUAAAGUUGUACCGUGCUUUUAAUGUGUUCGAUAAAAUAUAGUUUGUUUUAAUUGUUAUCGUUCGCGUUUUAUUCCCCUGAUAUAGAGACGAUUCGUAAGCAAGUGUCGGGGAACUACACGGUACAAAAAAAAACAUUUAUUAAAUGUUCUCUCUAUAUGAAAACAUUUGUCAGCUUUUUAACUUAAUGUAGAAAAAAAUUUGAGCUCAUUCGAGAAGCUUUACGACAGUUUGCAGGAACUUUUUGCAAAGGAGUCGAAAAAAUUGAUGUUGGCAUAUUUUUAAUUUCUUUCUUAAUUUUGAUUAUCAUUUUUGUUAGUUUUAUGUCGAAAAUUAUGAGCAUUCACUCUCUGCUUCAUAUUAUCCCAGAAAAACCUCAUUUGGAUGCAGUUAUGGUACAUUUGGAGGGAUAUCAGCCUUUUGUACAAAACAUAUACCAAAACUUUUUUUUGGCAUAAUAGAUAAGUGCCAGAUUGGGCGUUGGCCGCCAUUUUGUUCACUUGGUAUCUCCUAGUGGGUCGAAAUUAGCACUGGAUAUUUGAAAUACGUGUGUCUAGAGUAUGACGUUUAGUAUGGUGCUUUGCGCAGGGUUGCAUUUUUGUUUUAAUGCUGGAAGCGUUGUCCAAAUUUCAUUCCGCAUACGUUAGUGUCCUUUUGACAUUAAAAAUGUCUUACUCCACUAUUUGGGGCUAGGGGUCAUUCUAAAAUCUAAACUAUCUCCCAUGUAACGAAACUAUGUAAGGUUUGCACGCUUAUAACUCCGAUAUUACUAGAUGGAUUUUAAUCAUGCAUACACCAACCGAUUCAGAAACACCUAACUUAAAUAUUGGUAAUAAUUUAAUAUCUCCCCAAUAAAAGUAGACUUUUGGAAAUUGGUAAAAUUAAAAAGUUCACGAAAAACGGGCAAAAUACCAUUCGUGAGGCAGAUUUCUCAGACACAGCCGUCAAAAGAGGGCAGCUUAGUUGCUCAAUGAAACACGAAAAGUCAUAAAUAGAAGCAACGCAUGUCCGUUUAAAUCAGUCGUUGCUCUUAUCCCACACGAGCAACGUCGUCUCCGGGCGAUGCAAUAAGCGCUA